GUAAAGCGCAUGCGCGAACGGUCACACGUGCUGCUGUUCUCUGAGCGCGCAGCAGCGAAGAUGGCGGACGUGGAAAUAGGUUCAGCUAAGAAAGAGAAGAAAAGAAGGUCACAGAAAAUUUCAUCAGGAGACGUUGGGGACAUUCAAGAAAGUGGAGACUUCCUCAUCAAACCCGAGUCGAAGGUCGCGACCUUGGACACGUCCCAGUGGCCGUUGCUCUUAAAGCAUUUCGAUAAGCUCAACAUCCGGACGGCGCAUUACACUCCUCUUCCUCACGGCUCGAAUCCGCUCAAGAGGAACAUCAGUGAUUAUGUCAGGGCUGGUUUCAUUAACCUGGACAAACCCGCCAAUCCCUCCUCGCAUGAAGUCGUCGCGUGGAUCAAGAGGAUCCUUCGUGUUGAGAAAACGGGUCACAGUGGCACUCUGGACCCCAAAGUCACGGGUUGCUUGAUCGUGUGUGUGGAGCGAGCCACGCGAUUGGUUAAAUCCCAGCAGAGCGCAGGCAAAGAGUAUGUGGGCAUAGUACGGCUGCACAAUGCACUAGAGAACGAACACCAGCUAGCCAGGGCGAUGGAGUGUUUAACAGGAGCCCUGUUCCAGAGGCCUCCGCUCAUCGCCGCUGUGAAGCGCCAGCUGCGAGUGCGCACCAUCUACGAGAGCAAGCUGAUCGAGUACGACCCCGAGAGGAGACUAGGUAUCUUCUGGGUGAGCUGUGAGGCGGGCACGUACAUCCGCACGCUGUGUGUGCACCUGGGUCUGCUGCUGGGGGUCGGCGGCCAGAUGCAGGAGCUCCGCAGGGUCCGCUCGGGUGUUCUGGGAGAAAUGGAUAACCUGGUGACGAUGCAUGACGUGUUGGACGCGCAGUGGCAGUUCGACCACAACAAGGACGAGACGUACUUGCGGAGAGUGAUCUUCCCUCUGGAGAAACUCCUCAUCUCACACAAGAGGAUCGUCAUGAAGGACAGCGCUGUGAACGCUAUAUGUUACGGCGCUAAGAUCAUGUUACCAGGCGUCCUGCGAUAUGAAGAUGGCAUUGAGAUCAAUCAAGACAUCGUCAUUAUAACUACUAAAGGAGAAGCCAUUUGUACAGCGGUGGCCCUGAUGACGACCGCCGUCAUCUCCACAUGUGAUCACGGGGUUGUUGCUAAGAUCAAGAGGGUCAUUAUGGAGCGAGACACGUAUCCACGCAAAUGGGGCCUUGGCCCGAAGGCUAGUCAGAAGAAAAUGAUGAUUCAGAAAGGGCUUCUGGACAAGCAUGGCAAGCCGAACGGCAGCACUCCUUCAGACUGGAAAGAGGGAUACGUGGACUACAGCACUGCGAAGGUGAAGAAGGGUGAAGCGACGGCUCAGACCGCAGCGAAGAGGAAACGUGACGAGAGCGGAAGUGAAAGUGGUGAUGCCGUCGCUCAGGACACAUCCAAGACAGAGGAAGAAGUCAAAAAGGAGAAGAAGAAAAAGAAGAAAGAAAAGAAGUUGAAGCUGGCAGAAGAGGCUCCGGCCGAGGAUGAACCCGAGGUCACGGAGAGCGCCAAGAAGAAGAAGAAAAAGAAAAAGGAGAAAGAUGCAGAAGCUGCCUCAGAAUGAACAGACUCGUGUAAUAUUGAGAGAGCGCACCAGUAAUCAUGUCGAGUGGAAACUGGUUCCCAGUGUAACGAUGGACAUCUGCGGGUCUGAAGAUCGUUCUUGUAAAUGUUUGCGGUUCUGAAUACUUGAUGACGUUUUUUGUUUUUUUGGUCGUCCAAAUGAAACCCGUAUUGCCUGGGUGCAUUCAUGUAUUUGAAAGUUUUUUUUUUUUUUAUUAUUAUUAUUAUUGUAAAUACAGAUUGUAAUCCUGUAAUCAAAUGAAACAUGACUGACUUUUUACAAAAAAAGGCCCCUUUGUUUCCUUC